AUGACGUUAGAAGACGUGAAUACAUUCUAUCAAACCUACCCUCUGCAGGCAGCCGUCCUGACGUGUGGUGUAAAAGCCAGCCUGGCCGACUGUGUCGCUCAAAUACGAAGCUGGACGAGCAGUGAACGCGCCAUUGAGUUACGUCGCAAUGCCGCCUACAUUAUCUAUGGGGGAAUCUUUAUUGGCCUCAUGUGCCACAUCGAAUACGACAUUGUGUUUCCUCAUCUCUUUGGGACCAACCAUGACCUCAAGAACGUUGUCGAGUCGGUUCUCUUCGACAACUUUGUGAGUGCCCCACUGAUGUGGCUGCCACCUGUCUACUUUAUCAAGGCAGUCAUGUUUGACUAUCCCUUGUCGGAGGGAUUGGACAAGUACUUGUCCGACAUUCGGGAUGAAGGCCUGCUCUACAAGUACUGGGCCGUCUGGCUGCCCGCACAAACCAUCAGCUUUAGCUGUGUCCCUGAUCACAUGAGAGUCCUCUUCAUGGCAUGUAUCUCCUUUGGAUGGUUCAUCAUCUUGUCGUCUUGUCAAUCGACGGGGGACAGUGUUGUCGAGGCAGUGACGGAAGAGACACUGGCAGCAACAACAAUAGAGGCAUCCACCUAG